UUUUAGAGCGUUUAUUAAACAUUGAUUAUGCAACAUGGCGUCUACAUCGCUUUUAGAAAAACAAAACAGCGAAAAAGAAACAGCACAGAAUCUCAGUGAGACAGAAAAAAGCCCUGUAAAAAGUUCAAAGAAAGACUCUUCAACAGACAAUGAGAGGAGCUCUUCGGAACCUUCCACAUCAAGUGUGUCACCGAGCAGCAAACAAGACUCGUCAGAGAAAAAAAGGAAAUAUGAACCUAGUGAGGCAGAAAUAAAAGCAUAUAAGCACAAACGGGAAAAACAAGAGGAAGAAAGACUAAAAAUGCAAGUUCUGGUGUCCAAUUUUACAGAGGAACAACUGAACAGAUAUGAGAUGUUUCGACGAGCUGCUUUUCCAAGGGCCGCAAUCAAAAGGUUGAUGCAGUCCAUAACUAGGACCAGUGUGUCUCAUAAUGUUGUCAUAGCAAUGGCUGGAAUUGCUAAAGUCUUUGUUGGAGAGGUAGUGGAAGAAGCCCUGGACAUUAUGGAGAAGAAUAAAGAGACUGGACCUAUACAACCCAAGCAUUUACGAGAAGCUGUGCGCAGGAUUAGAAAAAGAGACAGUCUGUCAAAGUCCAAAAAAGUUCUACUAAACACCUGAUACCCAGAUCUGAAGGAUAAACAAGUUCCAGGGAUACAAAGUACUUCUGUGAUGAUUAAAGAAGUGAAGGAGUGUAACAGAUCCAGCAUUCAUGUCUUCUAUUGGCCUGAAAUUCAAUGUUGUUAUGUUGUAUAGUUAUAAUCAUGGUGCUGGCUGUGGUGAUAUAUAUUGAACUGCACUCCACUGUAUAGAUUAGUAAUGAGAGGUUCCCAGUUCCCAUUGAUUAUUUUUGGGUGGGGUGUUGCAUUAUAUACAUGUGUACUGAAAGUUCAGGAAUGUUAAAUUACCAAUGAAUGUUUUUUACUAGUUAGACUUUAGUACGACAAUUUGUGUUUGCAUUUUAUAUUUUUGAUUGAUUUUAAGAAAGACAUUAUUAAUUUGUCUAUGUAAUUAAACAGAACUGAGAGGUCUUAAA